UUUUCUGAAAGCAAGCCGCGUCCAGUGAGAGCGCGUAGAAAAGUGACUCUCUUUGGACAGACGUGCGAUCUCGAAAAACAUCGUGCCUUUCGACAGCAGUUUCCGGCUCGGGCCCGGUGCGGGCGAUCAAAGCUCCCCCCGCAUGACGCAUUGCAAAACCGACGGGCCCGGAGCAUUUGACUUCUUGAAGGCCGCGACCCUCGAACAGCAGGCUCCUACACGACUAGCCAUGGAAUCCAACGCCCCUUCACGCGGCGUACCGCCACCCAACGACGGCCUGUCGGCAGUCAGAGUGGUCCUCCCCACCACCGAAGAGGAAUUCAAGAAUGAUGUCCGCGUCUCGUUCGAUAAACUCAGCAACAAAUGGGUGCUCGAGGACGGCAACGACGAGUACGAAUGGAACGCACAAUUCGAGAAGUGGGUGCCUUCGGUCGACGAGGCGCUCAUGCAGCAACAGGCCUCGAUCUAUGCCAUGAAGGACGUCGACGAGAGCGCGCCCGCCAUCGACACCAAGAAGCGCAAGGCCGAUAUCAAAGCAACCAAGCAAGACGGCAAGAAGCCCAAAAUCGAGCGACCAAACAGCGCAGUCUACGUGACAGGCAUCCCUCUCGACGCUAGCAUUGACGAGAUCCACGAUGUUUUUAAGAAGUACGGCAUCAUCGAAGAAGACAUUCACACCAAUCUACCGAAGAUCCGCAUGUACGCCGACGAUAAUGGGAGCUUCAAGGGCCAGGCCAAAGUCAUCUACUUCAAGCCUCAGAGCGUCAGUCUGGCUAUCACCAUGCUGGACGGCACCGAUCUGCGCAAGCCAGGUGAUGGCGAUCUUCAUGUCGAACUCGUCGACGACUCAUACUCGAACAAGAACAAGGACCCCAAGGACCAGAAAGAGCAGAAGGAGGUCUCGGUUGAGAACAUCAAGAAGAGACGACCAAAGCAAGAUCGCUACCUGGCUAUUGAAAAGACGAAACAAAUGAACGCUCGCCUCGCCGACUGGGACGAUGACGACCCAAGCGUCGUCGCACCCCCGCCAAACCCCUCGAAAUACGCAAAGCUCGUCGUCCUCAAGCACAUGUUCACCCUCCAGGAGCUGGAUGAGGACGCUGGCGCGCUCAUCGAGAUCAAGGCCGACGUGCGCGACGAAGCAUCCAAAUACGGCGAAGUCACCAAUACCGUUCUCUACGACCUCGAGCCCCAAGGUGUCAUCACUGUGCGCUUCAAGGAAGCCGACUCGGCUGCUCUCUGCGCCGAGGCCUUCAAUGGUCGCUGGUUCGACAAGAGAAAGAUCGUCGCCUACGUGCCGCAGCAUCGCGAGGACUACAACAAGAGCAAGGGAAGCGGUCAGGAUGGUCUUCAGGACAUUGAUGAGGACGAGCCAGAUGAUGACGAUGACGAAAAGGAGCGUGUUGCAGGCUCUGCUGUGGAAGGUCACCGUACCCUAGAGGCCGAGAAGGAGAAGAACCCUGCCGCAGAGGCGCAGAACGUACAGGACGGUGGCCUGAAGACUAAUGCUUGAGUGACUACCUAUCAGCGAGGCGUUUGGACAGGCAGGGGCUUUGGUGCAUCAGGGUCGGCGUUACAUAUUCUCUCUCCCCAUUGUAAACUAGACGUUUGAACUCGGCUGUCAAAAGACACAAUGAUUUUCAGUAAAGCUGGACUUUCCACUGAGAGCAGCUCUUCCAUCAGCUCUCUCUGGACAACGCUCUAGUUCUCGCGAACAUUGUGCAUUGUAAUGGCUACGGAUCGUAGUGCUAUGUAAGUA